GAGGGUAAAAGGCAACAAUACAAAUUGGGACAAUAUUUCCGAAGAAGAUACAAUAAACUUCUCGGUGAUAAAUAUUCACCAAAUAAAGUGUACAUACAAUCCGCUGACAGAGAUCGCCUUUUGAUGUCUGCCCAAGCCAAUCUAGCCGGUUUAUUUCCACCACACGCGGAAGAGAAAUGGAAUGAGGAUAUUGCGUGGCAACCGAUUCCAGUUCACACAAUGCCUUUGAAUUUGGACUAUGCGUUGCGCGGAGUGAAAUUUCCUAUCGAUUGUCCAAGAUAUUCUGCUGCACUCGAGAAAUACAGAAAUGAAUCACCAGAAGUGCAAAAUAUGUUUAAAGAAAAUAACGAACGUAUCUUGUACUGGAUUUCCGAUUGGGCACGAAAAGCGAUCGAACCAAAUGGUGUUUUGGAGGCCAUGGCCCUUUUCAAAUUUAAAAUGUAUUCAAAUACUAAAGAAAUGGCUCGAUUGUGGUCUGGAUUUUUGAUAAAAGAAAUGUUCGAACGUUUUGCUCAAAAGCUAAACUCAACAUUGGUGCCAAAUCGUUCGGUUUGGUUUUACUCGACACAAGAUAUUACAAUCGGCACUCUACUGAAUAGCUUUGAACUUUUCGAGACACAUGCACUCCCAUUUGCAUCGAGUUUGCACUUGGAAUUAUACAAAAAUGGAGAAAAUGAGCAUUACAUUCAAAUUUUCUUCAGAAAAUCGAACGAAGAAAUCCUUUUACCAUUGAAUAUACCGAAUUGUGGGGAAAAGUGUACGCUGGAUCAAUUGUAUAAUUUGUACAAUGAUAUUAUACCAGAUCGUGAUCAUGACACUGAAUGCCGUCUUACCAACUAG